CGUAGGUGGCGCGAACAUCGGCAUCGCACCGUGCGGAAGAUGCUGCAACGUUGCCCGUGUUGAAGUGAGAUAAUCCUUCCGAUGCUGGAUGGUAGCGCAGUAGAGGAUACUCAAAACGCAUGGAGGACCGGGAAAACAUACCUAGUAGAUCGCAAACGCCGCUGAGGAGAGUUCAGAACGGCCGGCCGCGUUUGCUCAUAAAUGAUUUUCGUCUGUGAGAUAGCAUGGAUGCUGCAAAUGCACGGCCAAUCAGAUAGGGUGUGGCCAUUGUGCCAUGGCUGGCCAUAGCCAUGAGCGUUCCUGUGUCUGCCACGUCUGAGGGAGCCGUCGGCCGAUGCGCUGGUGGGUCCCUCUGUCCCAGCCCGGCUCCCCUACGAGCUGCCCAUGGGGACCAAAGGCUCAUUGCUGCUGCGAGGGAUGGCGACUUCAAGAAAAUCCGCAGGCUACUGCAGAAGCACCGGGUCAACGUCAACGCUCGUGACCCGUCAACAGGGAACACUGCCCUCAUGGUGGCCGGACUGGUGCAGGAUCCUGACGCGAUGAGUGAACUGCUGCAGCAUGGAGCAGACCCAACGUUACACAGUUACACGGGACAGAACUGCCUGGAUUCCCUCCCGGGUUCCCUGGUGCAGCUGGUGCUGGGUUUCCCAGAUUACUUGCUCCGUGACAGCCCCAAUCGCAGCAACGAAGAACGACGUCUGCUGCUCUCUGCUUGGAGCGGUCAAACAGAAGAGGUGCAUCGUCUCCUGUCUCAAACCGGGGGUGGUGGCCUGGACGUGAAUUGCACCAACGCGGAAGGGUCCACACCCCUCAUCCUCGUCUGCAGGGACUUGGGAACGUUCCAGGAACUGGCUGCUACAGGAGUGCUCAGAUCCUACGAUCCUCUUGGUGUCAUUCGUGUCCUUCUCGACCACGGAAUUCUCAUACAUCGAGACGUGAACCACCAAGAUCGACAAGGGAGGACAGCAUUGCACUACGCAUCCCACACCUGUUGUGAGCAUACAGCAGCCGUGGUGGCACUGCUGCUGCAGAAUGGUGCCAAAGUGGAUAUUAAGGAUAAGCAUGGAUUCUCGCCAUUGCAUUUUGCGAGUCAAGCAGGACCCGUAGAGGCCAUACAGCUUCUAUUAGACUCAGGAGGGGACCCCAGUGCCACUGGGUUGGGUGCUAUUGCUCCACUUCAUUUGGCUGCAUCCGCAGGAAAUACAGCAGCAGUCCGACUGUUAUUGGAACGUGGUGCUGACGUUCUGAGCUUUUCCCACGACGGAAAGUCACCUCUGUGCUGUGCCGGAAAUGCUGACGUGUACAGCAUUCUGCGUAGGGCAUUUGAAAGUGCACUGUGCGAAAGGGCAGACAAGCUCAAGAUCAGUCCGCUCGAACAAGAGAAAAAGAAGCUGGGACAACUUAUUCUGCAGGCGAGGCACCCAGACUCAUUCGACGCUCAAAGCUCACCAGGAAGCUCAACUGGAGAAGAAGGUGGCUCAAGCAGCAGUGACAAGGAACCCAGCGAGCCAGAGGCAGAAGCAGUGCUCAAAACUCGUCCACACACAUCGUCUUCCGCCCUCCGAAGUGGGGAUGUCCCGUCAUCCGCCUUCCGCCGCUACCAGCCAAUGCAGCUCCUCCCAAGACAAAUUCCUGGGUGGCGGCGGAAAUCGCCUCACGGGUCCCACUUCGUCCCGGUGCGCCCACGAGACCCAUCGUCCGACGAGGAGGGACGUGGCCUCCUUGCUGAAGUUCGACGAGCAGUUCGCGAAAACUGGGGCAUCGAUACUGAAGAUCACCGGCCCGCAGUGUCAUCCAUAUCAACAAUUGACAACAACAGCUAUCAUAGACAGAAAACGAUGCCUUCCAAUUCCUCCCUCGAACAGCCUCACGUGAUUGAUUUACAAUCAGUAGAGCACAAGAACAAGAUCAAUAUUGCAUCAGCGGAAAAAUGCGCAGAAAAAGUAGAUGAUGCCGCGUCAAAGGUUGAGAGCCCUUCUCCGAAGCCCCAACCCGAAAUGGCCUGGGUGUUUGGAGGCAGCAGCGAAAACGUUGCCCCGAAGGAGGUAAAGGAUGUGAGAGACAUGUAUGCAAAGGUGAGGCAUUCAUCCGAGAGAAGGGACAGCGGGGACUCGGACUCUGCUGGAGAGGAGGAGCUGAAGCUGUCGUCGAGGAAGCGGCCCGUUGUGUCACGGCGCAAAAAGACGCAGCACUAUGUCAAGAACUACCACCUCAGCCGUCUCAAACUGAGGCCCGAAACGGGCCGUCCGGGUGCCGCCACCAUCCCGGACGUGACGGCAGUCGUCGUGCCGCCGAGGGUCAAUUCUUCACGACCGCCAGCCGAGUUGCCUCAGGGAACAGCGGCUGAGGACAUUCCCUACGUGAAACCAUCUUCAGUUGAGCAUAAAUCGCACUCAUCUGCAGCACAUCCAAAGUUUUCGAUACUGCAAAAGAGCAAGGAAGGCGUCGGACUCAACGGGUCCCGAAUGCCGACGAAAGGAUUGAUGAGCAAAUUUCUUCCACCGUGGGUCACGAGAGACGACGUGUCGUCGCACCUGUCCUCUGCUUCGUGGGUGUAUCUGCCCUCCCUCUUGCCAGAAGAAGCUAGUGAGGAACCACGGUUAUCUCUUCCACGGAAAGAGGAGCAGCCGCAUCACGGGUCGUUGACGCAAGUAUCGGAGCCAAAACUGGUCGACCCACCAACCUGUAAACAGAGGACCGAAGGCACACAUACAUUGACGUGUACACGUCGCGAAACAUUGCAGUCAGAAGGUUCGGCAUUUCAUACUGUCAGUGGAAAAGGGGGAAAGUCUUACCACCACAGCGAUCCAAAAGCAGUGCCGCCGUUGCCACAGAGCAUGCAUGACAUUCCAGCUUUCCCUGCAGGACCUCCUUUCCCUUGGAUUAAAGGAAAGCUUAUAGGCAAAGGUGCAUUUGGCCUUGUCUGGUGCGGUCUCCGCAAGUCUGGCGGAGAAUUGGUGGCCGUCAAGCAAUUCCAGCUUGGUCCUCCGGACGUCCUCUCCGCUGUUCAGCUCGAAGUGGACAUCCUGCAGUCGCUCAAGCAUCCAAACAUAGUUGGCUUUCUUGGGGUCCAGCAAGAGGACACCCAGGGCGUCGUCAAUCUAUUCCUGGAAUACGUCUCCGGCGGCAGCCUUUCGGGAAACCUGGCCCAGUUCGGGUCCUUCCCGGAAACUGUGGUUCGUCGUUACGGACGGCAGUUGCUCCAGGCCCUGGCCUAUCUGCACCAGCGGAACGUUAUUCAUCGAGACAUCAAAGGAAACAACGUCAUGGUGUGUCCCAACUCUGGAACUAUAAAGCUCAUCGACUUUGGUUGCGCCACCUUCGAGCCUUCCGCCAUUGACUGCGAAGGCCUCGUCGCCAGUGCCCGCGGAACACCGUACUGGAUGGCUCCGGAAGUUAUCUGUCAGGAGGAAUGCUCGCACAAGUCUGACGUGUGGAGCGUAGGGUGUACUGUUAUCGAGAUGUUUCAGACAAAGCCACCGUGGUAUGAACUGUCACCUCUGGCUGCUGCAUUUGCCAUUGGCCAGGGAACAAGCGAUCCAAAGUUCCCUGAGCACCUCUCCCCCGAGGCACGAGACUUCAUCCAGGGUUGCCUGAAAAGGAGUCCGGCAGAGAGACCCACAGCCGAGGAGCUGCUGAACCACAAAUUCCUGCAGUCCGGCGGCAUUGAGUCUCUAUAGGCUUGCGACACCCUGUACAUAACUUGGUGUGUGAGGUUGGGUUUGAACACAGGUGCAUACACGACGCUGUCCACGCAUUCCAAAUACUACACGUGUAGUGAAGAUGUUCCCUGUAACAUCGUGACAACACCCAGCGUGGCCGGGCACAGAUCUCUAUGUCGAAUCUUUGUUGCAUCGUAGUGUUUCAAUUUAAGUUCCUGCGUGGCAAAAUGGCCAUAUUUAUUUUGUUGCUCAGUUGUGUACAAGUCAUACAGUUUCCUUACUGAAGAAGGAAAUGCUAUAUGUAUGCCAUUUGAGGGGUAAUUUAUUCAACUGAUGGGCAGGGAUGUUUUUGUUUUAGAGUCACACAUAUUUUACAGCAGCACGUGCUACAUUUCAGGGACUGGUAAGCGGGUCUUUUGUUUUUAGCGUAUUAGUUGUACGUUAUAUAUUUUGAAUAGUACCUUGCAAAAUAUGGCACAAAUAUUCAUCGUACAAAUUGGUUGUGCAGAAAGGAAGCAGCAGUACAAAGGAAAUUAUGCCUAGUGAUCAAAAACUGCAUAAUUUAGUGGGUUCAGACUAUAUGAUAUGGUAGUUUGUGUACAUAAUAGUUAAUACAAUAUGUAAAAGAAUACAAAAAAAAAAAAAGCUUCAUGCAGUCCAGUAUAUAAGGCAGUUUAAUUACUCGUACUGCCACACUUUGCUGUACCUAAAGAGUGUCAUUGUAGGGCACAUCAGCUUUCUGAAGAAAAAUAAUAGCAAAAUAGUAUAGCUGCCAAAUGAUUGAUAGUGAUUGAUUGAAUUCAUAGACCUGGUAUAACGUCUUUCUCAUAGGCUUCAUUACUGCGAGCCACUUGCAAGAUGUUCUUGUACAGAUGUAUAAUAUUUUGAAGUUGUUUCACAAUGUUCUUUCUAAAAUAACUGCGUUUAACUUCAGAAAGGCGAGAAGCAUCGAACAGUUCUGAAGCUCUGUGGUGUAAGGUACAUGUGAAUCUUUUUUAAUGCAAAAGCAUGUCAUUGUGUCUGUAGUAUAUGUUGCUAUGCUAAAACGAAAUUGCGAGACUGUCAGUAUCAAAUCCUCUCAAUGUUCUGUAACACGGGCCUAGUUCUUCUCAAUGUAUAAUUAGACCCUUGUGUUUCAGGGUUAUCUUUUAUUUUUUUAUUUUUCAUUUUCAAAAUCUAGGUAGGAAGGUAGAACUUUUAUUUUAGAAGCUGUAUAACAGUAAAAUUGUGUAAUGUCUUAGACAUUAAAAGAAGACACAAGAUUGUGAGAGGUAGUGUCGAGUGUGACAUAUUUAGUGUUCAGUAGUGCCGGUAUACGUGGCUGAGUUCGCACUUUGCUGAGCUCGGUUUUCAAGGGAAGGUUAAACCCAAAGUGACGAUGAUGCAAAUCAGGGUGUAAAAAAAAAAUGGCUGUACUUAGUGUAACCCUGAAACGCAAUGCUCUAUUUGCAGUGAAGUCUCUUACAACAGUUACUGUAAAUGUCGGAGAAAUUAUACAAUAUUUUAACAUU